AUGUUAGAACCAUUACCUCCAGAUCCAUACAAGGCACUCGACGUCCCUGCCGAUGCCCAGUUCGAUGUCAUCAAGAAGAGGUAUAGGGAGCUGGUGCUAAAAUGCCACCCAGACAAAUGCCCAGAGGCGGAUAAGACGGCUGCGACCGACAGGUUUGCGGCCGUCCAGAACGCAUGGGAGAUUCUGGGAGACACAAACAAGAGGCAAGACUACCACAAACUUGUCAAACAACACAAGAUGGCGGAAGAGCUGGCAAGGAGUACUCGCCAGGCACCAGCGCCAGCCGCCGGCCGUGGACCGUCAUCGAGCGGAUACUACGGAACAAGCACACAUCAUUCAUCACCCCAAACACCUUAUGGAUUCUCAAGGAGCAGCUCAAGCAAAGCUCGCUACGAAUGGGAUUUCCGUAGCUCGUCAGACCCGGCAUUUUAUGAAACAGACCCAAGGAGCGGUCCUCACGCUUCGAGGGAAACCCGAAGGCCCAGCUCCUGGGACGAAGAUCGCUCACGCGAGACGGAUCGAUCUGCUCGCGACAGGGAAAGGGAUCGUGACAGGGAACGGGAACGGGAACGUGAACGGGAUCGCGGUAGGGGAAGCCCAUCAAAUCGUGAUCGCGAUAGAGAGCGCGAAGACCGCGAUCGCGACAGGACACGGGGCAUGAAGCGUGAUGAUGAAGAGCGCCAGCGAAAGUUGAGGAGUAAGGAGGCUAAACGUGAAGAGAAGGAACGAAUCAAGGAGAACGAGAAACAAGCCAAGAAGGAAGAGGCACGUAUCCAAAGAGCCAAGGAAGAAGAGAAGCUGAAGAAGAAGGCGGAAGCAAAGCGAAAGGAGAAAGAAAGGGCAAAGUUGGAGAAGGAGGACGAAGAGAGACGUGCCUCAAGAAAGAAGAUGGAAGCGGAUACCAGGGAAAUGAGAGACUACAACGCAAUGAAGGAAAAGAUGAGGAAGGUUUCUGUCGAGGACGAUGUUCGCCCAAAGAAGACGCCCGUAAUGGAGGAUAUUCGCAGCUUUCCCGAAGAUUUCACCAAAAGCGAACGAGAGCAUGAGAGACACCGCGAGAGGUCUAGGGACCGUGACAGUGGUCGCACAAAAGAGGAGCGGCGAUCAUCGCGUAGCGAGUCCAAACGGCAGAACUCUAGUUCCCGCCGGACUACCUAUGUCGAGGACGCACCUACUCCGCCUCGAUCCUUUGAGGAUUCAGCCUUGACCAAGACACAGAACCUACCGGUCAAGUCACAGAAUCAUCUUGAAUUUGCCAAGUAUCGCAUUAUGACGACCGGCGGUAUGCCCACACAGUCACGCGCGCACGCGUCUUAUGCAGAUCAUGAGUUACAAGGCUCUGUGGACUAUGGCCAUCGUCCCCCAAAGCUUAACAGAGCAGCCACCGACAAUAUGACUGGGGACUUUAGCUCUCGUACUCCAAAGUUUCACCGAUCAGCCACCGAGAAAGUCGGAUCAUCUCCGCGGCGAUCCCAAGAGUAUGAAUAUGACGGAUAUGGAGGCACUUCACCUAGCCGCUAUUUCGAUGUUCAGGGAACCCCCUUUGGCCGUGCAAAGUUUGGCAACGUCGACACGCGGAAUCCGACCACCUCUAGCUGGGGGCAUGUUGAGACAUCUCACUGGGACGCUCCCGAGUACUCAUCGUACAACAUUCCAGAAAGCAGGUCGAGAUAUCGCAGCGCGGCCUCUUACUACAACUGA